AUGCAGGAUGACGGCAUCCGAACGAUCGCCGAGGCAUUUGAAAUCAAUGUUUACAUCGCCGUCCUCAUCACUCAUUCACUCAUCACCAAGUACUUUACACAUCAGACUACAGCCGUCAGUUCGAAUACCAUUACCAUAAUAACGUCGCAUAACGGCAUCAAAAACCCCCCAGGAAGAUGGCAACAGAAGCAGCAGCACGAACGUUCUUCCGUUCACCCCACUUCGCCGUCGUGGGCGCAUCCUCAGACCCCACCAAAUUCGGACACAAAAGUACGAUCUCUCGUCCGUUUCCCUCCGACUACAAAACUAACGAGUUAUACUAUAGUAUUUACGUGGUACACGCAUCACUCUCUCCCAGUUACACCGAUCAACCCCUCCUCCUCUCACAUAAAAGCCUACCCACCAUGGCCCUCUGUAGAAAUCCAAUCCUACCCCGCGCUCGCCUCCAUCUCUGCUCUUCCUCAUCCCACCGAGACCUCGAUAUCCAUCAUCACGCCUCCGAAAGUCACGAAGAAGGUUUUAGAGGAGGCGAAGAAGCUUGGUGUUCCAGCUGUGUGGUUACAACCCGGGAGUUUCGAUGACGAGAUCUUGAGUUUUGCGCUUAAGGAAUUUAAGGCGGCCGUUGGAGGUAAUGGAGGGGCUGGAGAUGAAGGUUGGUGUGUGUUGGUUGAUGGGGAGAAGGCUGCUAAGGCCGCUGGGAAGGAGCUGAAGCUUUGA